UUUUUUCUCUCUCUCUAAUUUUUACUCUACUUCUCUUUGUCUCAGCUUCCUUAUAGUUUAACAAAGAGUUAAAGAUGGUGAUGAGUAGCAGGAAAACCAAGAACAAAAGAGUGUCACUGAAGAGGAAGCACAAAAAUGUAAGGAAGAUGAAAGAGCACCAUAAGAAGAAGUCAAAAGAAGCUAAGAAGAUUGGAAUACAUCGCAAUUCUAAGGGGGAGAAUGACCCUGAAAUUCCAAAUAACGGUCCUUUCAAGGAGAAGGAUGUUAAGGCCCUUGAGGCCCGACAAGCUCGAAUCAUUGAGGAAGCGGAGAAGAAGAAAGCAGCCCGGAAAGAGAUGAACAUUGCACAGGGUAGAAAGAGAAAACAUAAUAUGCUUGAGGAUGAUGACAUCUCAAAAAUGGAUGAAGAAGGAAAAGAUACUGAUGAUACAGCUACAGUUGGGAAAAUUCGGGAUAACUCGGAGAGAGCUUUCUAUAAAGAGCUCGUUAAAGUUAUUGAAGCAUCAGAUGUUAUCGUGGAAGUACUAGAUGCAAGAGAUCCACUUGGUACCCGUUGUGUUGAUAUGGAAAGGAUGGUGAUGAAGUCAGGCUAUGAAAAACAUCUUGUGUUACUUCUCAACAAGAUAGAUCUUGUUCCAAGGGAAUCUGUUGAAAAAUGGCUGAAGUAUCUCAGAGAAGAAUUACCAGCAGUAGCUUUCAAGUGCAGUACACAAGAACAAAAGUCGAACUUAGGGUGGAAAACUACCUCAAAAACUUCAAAAUCAAGCAAUAUCCUGCAGACAAGUGAUUGUCUUGGGGCUGAAACACUCAUUAAAUUGCUGAAAAACUACUCAAGAAGCCACGAGAUCAAGAAGUCUAUCACUGUGGGUGUCAUUGGUCUACCAAAUGUUGGAAAAAGCAGCUUAAUUAACAGUUUAAAGAGGUGUCAGGUUGUAAAUGUUGGUGCUACUCCAGGGCUGACAAAAUCAAUGCAAGAAGUUCAUCUUGAUAAGAAUAUCAAGUUACUUGACUGUCCUGGUGUUGUAAUGCUUAGAGCUGGAGGCAACCAGGCAUCUGUUGCUCUUCGAAACUGUAAAAAGAUUGAGAAAUUGGAAGAUCCAGUAGGCCCUGUUAAGGAAAUUCUUAAGCUUUGUCCAAGCAGAGUCUUGGUGGCUCUGUACAAACUCCCAAGCUUUGAGUCGGUUGAUGACUUUCUGCAAAAAGUGGCCGCUGUAAGGGGAAAACUGAAAAAGGGUGGUGUUGCUGAUGUUGAUGUGGCUGCUAGGAUUGUCCUCCAUGACUGGAAUGAAGGUAAAAUCCCCUACUACACAAUGCCGCCAAUUAGGAACCAAGAAGAACCAUCAGAAGCAAAGAUUGUUACGGAGCUAGGAAAGGAGUUCCAGAUCGAUGAAGUCUAUAGUGGCGAGUCUUCUUUUAUCGGAAGCUUAAGAUCCGUCAACGAUGUAGACCAUGUCGUCGAAGUUCCAAACUGCCCUCUAAAUUUUGACAACCAAUUGUUGAUGAAGGAUGACACACAGCCGCCCAACAAGAAGGAUGACAUGGAUGAUGAUGCUUCUGAAAAUGGAGAUGAUGAAAAAAUGGUGUCAGGCGAAGAAGAUGAUGGUGAAAGCAAGAUAAGAAAGAGUGUUAAAAGCAAGCAGAAUGAGAAGCUUUAUGAUGUGGAAGGGAUGUUUAAUAACAAGAUUAAGAAAGCGGAGAAGAAAAGAAGGAAAAAAGAGAGAAAGUUGAUGUCUGCAAUGGAAGAAGAUACAGAAGGGGAUGAUGUUUCUAAGCAGGCUGACAUGAAGAGAGACAAUGAUAUGGAUAUGGUUGAAGAAGAUGGUAGUAAACCUGAUAAAGGCAGCCAAUCGAGAUUUACUCUACUUGAUGAGGAAUAGAUUUUAGUUAUUGUUCUACAUGGAAAAGGAAGGGAAAGUAUAUUAUUUAUUUUGAAUUUUGGGAUGAUUUGCUAUUUAUUGUUGUGUUUCAUAUAAAUUCAAAUUCAGUUGUUUAAUUCUUGUUUCAAGGUAUAGAAGAUGUGCUUAAUGA